UGCCAUCUGAUUGAUAUUUCUUUGCAGCCGCAAGCACCUGCUAUACGGAGCCGUGAGAGGACUGAUGUGGAGGGAGCCGAGGACCCUCUGCUCUCCCAGCCAUGGCCAGACGGAGCUCCCUGUUCAUUCGGGUAGUGGAGGGCAAGAACUUACCAGCCAAGGACAUAACAGGCAGCAGUGAUCCAUACUGCAUUGUGAAGAUUGAUGAUGAGACAAUUAUCAGGACAGCAACUGUUUGGAAAACCCUAUCACCAUUUUGGGGAGAAGAGUACAAGGUCCACCUGCCACCUAAUUUCCAUUCAGUAUCAUUCUAUGUUAUGGAUGAAGAUGCACUCAGCCGUGAUGACGUCAUUGGGAAGGUCUGUUUAACCCGUAAUGUUCUGGCUGAAUAUCCCAAAGGAUUUAACGGCUGGCUGAAUCUAACAGAAAUUGAUCCUGAUGAAGAAGUUCAAGGGGAAAUCCAUCUCAAGAUUGAAAUAUUUGGCAGUGACGUAUCAAGAAAACUGCGAUGUACAGUGUUUGAGGCAAGAGAUUUAGCAAGAAAAGAUCGCAAUGGAGCUUCAGAUCCCUUUGUCAGAGUGCAGUACAACGGCAAAGUACAAGACAGCAUGGUUGUGAAGAAGUCGUGCUAUCCCCGAUGGAACGAAGUGUUUGAGUUUGAUUUGGAUGACUCUUUCAAUGAAAAGUUAAUGAUAGAGGUUUGGGACUGGGACCUUGUCAGUAAGAAUGAUUUUCUUGGAAAGGUAAUGAUCAACUUAAAUGGACUUCAGCAAGAUUUACAGGAAGAAGGAUGGUUCAGACUGAGUCCAGGAAAGUCCAAAGCUAGUGUGGACGAGGGAAACCUUGGUUCUCUGCAGCUGCAAGUACGUCUCCGUGAUGAGACUGUUUUACCUUCAGAUUACUACAAGCCUCUGGUGCAGUUGCUGUGUCAGGAGGUUAAAGCAUCUCAUAAGGAAAAAAGUGGACAUUUAAUAACUUUAAUCGAUGAGACCACAUCGGCUGAGUGUAGACAGGAGGUGGCUGCCAACCUUGUAAAAAUAUUUUUGGGACAAGGGCUAGCAAAGGAAUUCUUGAUUUUGCUCUUCAGACUUGAACUUGAUAAAACAAAUGAACCAAACACAUUGUUCAGAAGCAACUCUUUGGCUUCUAAGUCAAUGGAAUCAUUUCUUAAGGUGGCAGGAACACAGUACCUGCACAGUGUCGUUGGCCCAACAAUAAAUCGUAUCUUUGAAGAGAAAAAAUAUAUUGAACUUGACCCCAGUAAAGUGGAGAUAAAAGAAGCAGGGUGCUCAGGUUUACAUCGGAUCCAGACAGAGAGUGAAUUAAUACUUCAGAGUGCUCAGCAUCUCCAGUCUUACCUUACUGAACUCCUAAUAGCAAUAGCCAAGUCAGUGAAGAUCUGUCCUGUAACUAUACGAGCCACUUUCCGGCAACUGUACAAGAGGGUAGAAGAACGGUUUCCAGAAAAUAAACACAUGAAUGUGAAGUUCAUUGCAGUGACAAGUUUUUUGUGUCUUCGGUUUUUCUCCCCCGCAAUAAUGUCACCUAAACUCUUCCAUCUAAGAGAAAAGCAUGCUGAUGCUCGCACAAGCCGGACACUACUUCUCUUAGCUAAGGCUGUACAGAAUGUUGGUAAUAUGGAUGCUCCAGCAAGCAGAGCCAAGGAGUCCUGGAUGGCUCCACUGCAGCCAACCAUCCAACAAGGAGUUUCUCAGCUGAAGGAAUUUAUCAUCAAACUCAUUGACAUUCAGGAGAAGGAAGAGCUGGAUCUACAAAAGUCACUAAACCUUCAGAGUCUAACAGUCAAAGAAGGUCAGCUAAUGGUCUACAAAACUAAAUGUAAAGGAUACCUGCUGACAUCGUCUUUCAAAAAGCUUUUCCUCUCAUUAACUGUUGAUGCACUAAGUUUUGCAAAGACUCAAUUUUCUAAGAAAAGUUCAUUUAUACCCCUAUCAAGAAUCCGAGCCCUGGAGAAGGUAGAAGAAAAAAGCUUUGGAAACUCAAAUGUAAUGCAGAUAAUUUACACGGAUGAAAAUGGCGGCCUGGAGGCAUUAUAUUUGCAGUGUAAGUGUGUUAAUGAACUAAAUCAGUGGCUCUCGGCAUUGCGGAAGGUCUGUGUCAACAACAGCAAUAUGCUUGGUUCCUACCAUCCUGGUGUCUACAAAGGAGAGAAGUGGAGUUGCUGCCACCAGAAGGACAAAGCAGUUGCUGGUUGUGACAAAACUCGACAUGAAGUCACAUUACAGGAAUGGAAUGAUCUCUUGAAUCCAGACCUGGAGGCACAGCUCAUUUUCAGACACUUGAUUGGAGUAAGAGAGUUAAUGAGGGAAAAGUACUUGGAACUAACAAAACACGAUAAAAGCAGCAAAUCUGACUUAACCGCAGAUCCUGCAAGAAAGGACAGUACUACACAGCUUUUCCAGAUUCUCAAAGACCUCGAAGUUGCUCAUGAUUCUUUCCUGGCUGAUUCGCCAAAUUUUGCUGAUCAGGAAAAAAAGUACCUGCUGGAAGUAUAACCCCUGUAAAUAUUGUAAGGUUGUAAUGAUAAAACUGAAUGUACCUAUAAUGCUACAAAUUCAACAUUCAAGUCAUGUAACAUUUAGCCAAAAAUACCAUUAACGCAGUUAGUCCAGCCUGUCGUAAUUUAUAAAGCUGAGAACACCAAGUACAAUGGAACUAUAUCCUGCCAGGCCAUUUUUCUAGGUUUUUAAUCUAUUCUGCACCAGUGUAUAAUCUUUCACAGCUGGGACAACCAGGCAGGCUUUUACAUAUCACACACACAAUAAUAGCAAGCUGUAUAUAACACUAUUACCAUUUUAUUUUUUAUUAAAACUGACAACAGAUAUAGUUUGUCUUUUGUGUUUUUUCCGUUGAUUUUUAGAUAGUUGUACAGAAGCUUUAGGAAAAAAAAAAAUCUGCCCCCUAAAAUCUUGCCAUAAAUGGUUAUGUUAAAAAUACACAAUGAAGAAAUGUACAAUAGGUAGGAGAGAUGUAGACAAGAAACACUGGAUCAGUACAUCGAGUGGGCUUAGUGAUGCUGGUGAUAGAGAUAUAGGUAUGAAUACUUAUUGAAGAGCAUUUUUCCUUGUGUGAAGGUCAGUAUUUUACACAAACAAUUCAAAUACGUUCUUUUCAUCUUAUUUUAGACAAACAGAUGUGGGAUUUUCAAGGUGAUAACCAGUAGCAGCAUUAGGGCUUAUGCACACGACUGUUGUUGUUUUGCAGUCCGUUUUUCACGGAUCCGUUGUUCCGUAUCAGUUUUUUUUUCUCUUAUUUAAGUCCUGUUCCGUUAUUCCACACAACAUAUCCGUAUGGUUUCCGUAGGCGAUACGUUUUUUGCGGAUUGGAAACGGAAAAAGUAACUUAUUAAUGACCAAAUACAUGAGCAAUAUGGGCUGGGCAUAGCAUUUUUACAGUAUGGAUCUGCAAAAUACGGAUGACGAUUGUGUUCCGUGUGCGUUGCGUAUUUUUUUCGGACCCAUUGACUUGAAU